CACCAUCGUCGUGCGUGCGUGCGUGUGCGUGUCCGAGAGUCUUCUGCGCGUCACCGUCCGUCCAUAUGCGUUAACCCGUCGUCGCGCACAUAAUAUUGUUAUUAUUAUUAUUAUUAUUAUCAUUAUUAUUAUUACUGCUGCUGCUGCUGCUGUUGUUGUUGUUGUUGUUAUUUGUUGCGGUGCGACUGAUAAUAAUAAACAGAAAAAAAAAACCGAAAGGGAGACGACGUCGUCGGGCACCGAAGAAAUCCCUCGCGUUUUGUGCGUUACCGUGCGGCGGACUACCGGACGAACGAACGACAAUGUUAACGGGCUGAGCCGAUCUGUGCGUGUCGCGGCGUCCGUUCCCGAGACGUUUUUCACAUUCAUUUCCCGGACGUGAGACGGUGCGCGCGCGCGCGGGCCAGUCGAAAAAUCCGCGCAAAGACCGUGCGCCGAACGCGCGAUCACGCACCGCAUCCGUCUUUGGCGGGCGCGCGCCCACAGGUUUUCCGGGGACGCUCUUGCCGUGUCCGCCGCCAUGGACUCGUUGCGCGAACAGGUGAUGAUCAACCAAUUCGUGUUGGCCGCCGGAUGCGCGAGGGACCAGGCCAAGCAGUUGCUGCAGGCCGCCCACUGGCAGUUCGAGACUGCAUUGAGUAUAUUUUUUCAAGAAUCUUCUGUAUCAAGUUGCAGUCAAAAUUCAGCACAGUUUGGAUUUGGACAAAUGACCCCGUGUAAUACUCCAGCUACACCACCUAAUUUUCCUGACACUCUGAUUGCCUUUUCACGUAUGACAACUUCAUCUGAAAAUUCAAAACUGGGAUCAUCACCGAGUAUGUCAGUUUCUCCUCAAAAUAGAACCUCAUUAGAAAACAGUCAAUCAAAGAGGCACCCAUAUGCACAUUUAGCGCCAAACACUGUUUCAAAUAACACAUAGGGAACAAUCAUGUAAAUUUGUUAUUUUUAAUAUAAACUUAGCCAUAUUAUUGUUUUAGUGUCCAAAAAUGACACAUGCUUUUUGUAACUUUUUACUCUAGAAUAAUAUUGUUUAGAGAUAUUUUAUGAAUUGAUUGUUAUUAUAUAUAUUAUCAUUUUUUUUUUUUAUUAUUAUUAUUAUUUAUUAUUUUAUUUCUGUUGGAAGAUAUUUUCAUUAGAAUAAGUUAUUUAUGAAACAUAAUAAAUACUCAAUUUAAAAUUAAGUUAAAAUAUUGUAAUCAUAAUUCAAUUUCUGUCAAAAACCACUCUGUUAUUGCAAGAUGCUUAAGAUAAUAAUUAUAUUAGUUUUUGAUUAAAGAGAAAGAUCAAACUUGACAUUAUUUUUUUUAUUAUUAUAUAUAUUUUUUUUAUAUACAUAAAUAAUUUAUAUUAUAAUAGGUAAUAUCUUAUUUUUGUUUAUAUAACUCAAAAUUUCAUUAUAACUGUGUAUCAAGUUUAACAAAUACGUUAUACGACAACAAUAAUAAUAUUAUUAUGUUACAACAGUGCAUGUGAUACAUAACUGUUGUAAUGUAAUUACUAAACUUACUAUAAUUAAAAAUAAAAUACAAAAUUGUAAUAAAGUAUAUACAUUAUUUUGUUUGAAAA